AUGGCGUCGGCCUCGAUCCCGUUCAAACGGCUGGUGCGCUUCAUACCGAGAUCAGACUCGUCCAAGAUCUUCAUUGGACAGCCUCACGACGACACUCUCGACGUCGGUCUAGCGCUGCGAAAUGGCCAGGACGUGAAAGUCGACGUCUUCUCCGGCACGUCAGUCCUAUCGCCAGGUCAGGCGACGGGCACGAGUGCAGUCAUCGAUCGAGUCCUGUCACCAUUGCACAUUUCUGAAGUCGGCACGAUUCGAUGUGUCGGUUUGAAUUACAAGCAGCACGCAGCUGAAGUCAACAUGGCCUUGCCUACCGUACCGACGGUGUUUUUGAAACCAGCCACGGCGCUAGGCGACCCGUGGCCCGCGCCGACGGUGUUGCCCAAACUCACCCAACUCGAUGACUGCGGCGACUACGAGUCGGAACUCGCGGUGGUGCUGGGCCGGACGGCCAAGAACGUGCCCGAGUCCGAAGCGCUGGACUACGUCCUGGGGUACACGGCGUGCAACGACGUCUCGAGCCGGACGAGCCAGUUCGCGCAGAGCCAGUGGAGUUUCUCCAAGGGCUUCGACACGUCGUGCCCGCUGGGGCCGACGCUCGUGUCGCCCGCGCUGAUUCCGGACCCGUCGAAGCUGCGUGUCCGCGGCGUCAAGAACGGCGACCAGCUCCUCCAGGACUGCGGGACCGACGACCUGAUCUUCUCCGUCGCCCAGCUGGUGAGCUUCAUCUCGCAGGGCACCACGCUCCCCGCGGGGACCGUGAUCAUCACGGGCACCCCUGCCGGGGUGGGCGUCGGGAAGAAGCCCAAAGUCACCAUCAAGGCGGGCGAUGAGUUUCACGUCGAGAUCCUGCCGCACAUCGGGACGCUGGUGAAUGUGUUUGAGAAUGAGGAAUGA